UCUUUAGUUUAUAAAAAAGAUCCAUUACCCCAUCAGUAAUUGACUAGCUCUUCACGUUUUUUUAGUAUAAAUUGGGCCAUAUGCGGCAAACCAGUUGCUUAGUCGGAAAAAAUAUCAGAUAAUAAUGUUAUACGAGAAUUUUGAUCCAUUAUUCCCGGAGCAGCCGGUGGUCGACCGGUAUCUCCCGGUUUGGGCGAGCCUUCCAGCGUUCGGGUCGAAGCCAGCGUUCAUCUGGACCGAAGAUGGCACCGUUGAGGCCAUAAAUGAAGGCUCAUUUCUGACAUACCGGCAACUUCACGAUACCGUUCAGUUGAUCACCGAACAGUUGCUCCGGCAGUUGCGGCGGCGGGAUACGGUGGUUGUAUUGUGCUCGGCGGGGCUGGACUUUGUCCAGCUAAUAUAUGGUUGUCAAAGAGCUGGGCUAGUGAGUGUCCCCAUCAGCCCCCCCGACGUUUUUUCUGAGAAUGAAAAUUGUCACCAUCUUGGUAGAGCUCUAUCCCAGACUAAGCCCCGUGCCGCCAUAGCUCACCAAUCUUACAUCACUACCGUUUUUCGGUACAUCUCCUCAUCUCCGGCCGACGAGAAGUUGGCUUUGUUAUUGAAGAGCGUGCAAUGGAUUUCAAUGGAGAGUUUAAAAGAACCCCACAAAGAAUCAGAGCUCAAUCAACACAAACACCAUUCCUUUUCUCAUCAUUCUUCCUCGUACUCCGGAUGUAAUCCAGACGAUCCUUAUUUAAUCCAAUACACAUCCGGCGCCACCGCAAUUUCCAAGCCAGUGGUGAUUACCGCCGGCGCCGCGGCCCACAACGUCCGUGCGGCAAGAAAAGCCUACGACUUAAACCCAAACGACGUCAUCGUUUCAUGGCUCCCACAGUUCCACGACUGUGGCCUUAUGUUCCUUCUCUUAACCGUCAUCACAGGGGCCACGUGUGUACUAACCUCACCCAUAUCAUUCGUCACCCAACCAAUCACGUGGCUCCACCUCAUCACAGCUUUCAAAGCCACGUGCACUCCCGUGCCGUCUUUCACUCUCCCACUCGUACUCAAGCGGGUGGGUAAUUAUUCAAGUGGGCGGGCGGGUAAUUUGGAUUUGCGGAGCUUGAGGAAUUUGAUUUUGAUCAAUGAACCGAUUUACCGGUCUACGGUGGAGGAGUUUGUGGAUGUGUUUAAGGCGGUUGGGUUGGACCCGGGUUGUGUUUCUCCGUCGUAUGGGUUGGCGGAGAAUUGUACUUUUGUUUCGACGGCGUGGUGUGGCGGUGGUGGGUUUCCGGCGAUGCCAAGUUAUCGGAAGUUGUUGCCAAGUGGGAGGUUGAGGGAUGGGAUGUGUAAGGAGAUUGAGGUGGUGGUUGUUAAUGAAGAAACUGGGGAGGUGGUUGAGGAUGGCGUUGAAGGAGAAAUUUGGAUCUCCUCGCCCAGCAAUGCCUUAGGUUAUCUUGGCCAUCCAUCUCUAACCGAAGAGACAUUCCACCGUAAACUCAAGAACAAAGCAAGCCUUAAUUUCGUCCGCACCGGCGACAGAGGAGUAAUUAAAGGUUCCGACAGGUUCCUCUUCGUCAUCGGCCGGUGUUCGGACGUAAUCAAAUUCAACGACAACAACCAACAAAUCCAUCCGCAUUACAUCGAAUCCACAUCUUACAAAAAUUUCUCCGCCUAUCUUCGAGGCGGCUGCAUCGCCGCCGUCAAGAUAUCAUCGGGGACAGUCGCCUUAGUUGCCGAGAUGCAGAGAGACGACAGAAACGACGCCGAAUUGCUGAGAAAAAUAUGCGAAGAAAUCAGAAAAGCGGUGUUGAUUGAAGAGGGAAUUGAAUUGGGGGUUGUGGUUUUGGUGAAGAGGGGAAAUGUGUCCAAAACGACGUCGGGAAAAGUAAAGAGAUGGGUGGUGAAGGAGAAGCUCGGCGGCGGGGGAUUGGAGGUUUUGAUGGCCGUCGAAUUUGGAAAAGACUGUGAGGGUUUAAAGGAUUUAGAAAGAAAAGGAGAGUUUGGAACUCGUCCUGUUCUGCUCUCCAUGCUUUAAUUUGAGUGUUAUAUAUAUGUGGGUGAAUUUAGAAAAUGUUGGCGACACCCACUUUAAAUUUUACACCUUUAGCUUAAAUGCAUAAUACACCAAUGUAAGAUCAGAUUGCAAAAUUACUUAGUUGUAAUUUUCGUAAUCACUACUUUACGUUUGAAUUUAAAAA